AGCUGUCACAAUCGGGUUUGCGCGGAAUUUGUUUGUGUUGUCUCGAAACCAGGCAUACGCUCUUUUCGCGGAGUCUCGAUUUUGCUCUCGAAAUAGCUAACAAGUAUAUUUAUAAUCACAACAUUCCUUUUACACGAGUCUCGUAGGUUUUAAUUCGUAUUUCAGCUAAGUGCAGUACCAAUUUGCUAUCAACCAAAAGGGAUUGUGAACCCGGGAAACAUUAUUCAUCUUCAUCAUGUCUAUGGAUAUUCGCUCUUUUUUUGGCCGUGGAGCAAAGCCGGCCAAAGCACCGGAACCGGCUAAGACACCGACCGCUAAGAGGAAAGCGGUAAUUAUUAGCGACGAUGAAGAUGACACCAAAGCAUCGUCGCCUCGUUCGUCGAAACAAGCGGCUAAAGACGGCUCAUCGGCAGCCGCCAACGGUGUGCUGAAGAAGCGGCGUGUUAUUGAUUCCGAUGACGAAGAGAAGAGUCCCGUGAAGAAGAAAGUCGAGAAAGCGAGUAGUGCGAAGCCGGAAAAGCUAAAGCCGGUGAAUGCAUCGGAUAUCUUCAGCUCGGAACCUGUGAAGCGUGUGGAACUGCCCAAGAUUCUUAAGAAGAAAACACACGACCCGGUCGAACAGGUACAGCUGGACGAGGAUGAUGGUGAUGUCGUACCGGUGACACCACAACCGGAGAAGAAACUGGCGAGAAAAGAUCGUAAUGGAAAUGAGCGAAGUGAGAAGCGCACUCCGGAAAAGCCGAAAGUAUCACCGCCCGAAAAGGUAAAGGUAGAAUCACCGGAAAAGCCUAAGCUAAAGACACCGGAGAAGCCUAAGGUCUCUCCACCAGCAAAGAAAAAAGUAAAUGAAGAAAGUGACGUUAAACCGAAGAAAAGUCCUGCGAAACAAAAAUCUCUUGAGCAGCACUCACCAAGUGAUGAAAAGGUCAGCCCCAAAGGAAGCAAAAAGCACGACAGCAGCGUAUCAGAUUACAAAGAUGCAAACGAAUCCGUGCUUACCGAUGAGGAGCGUCAUGAACGCAAGCGAAUGUCGGCUAUUUUGUACCAAAAGUUCAAAAAUCGUCAAGGUCCGGCUAAUCCGGGCUCGAAGGAGAUUCCGGAAGGCAAGCCUAACUGUUUGCAGGGCAUGCAGUUCGUCAUAACCGGUGUGCUCGAGUCGAUGGAGCGCGACGAGUGUGCCCAGGUGAUCAAGGAUCUGGGAGGCAAGGUUGUCGGGGCCGUAUCGAAGAAGGUCACCCACAUGGUGGUGGGAGAAGACGCGGGACCAAAGAAAAUCGCCCAGGCAGAAGAUCUUGGUAUUGUAACGCUGAGUGAGGAUGCUCUCUUGGACCUGAUCCGGGAAAAGUCGGGUCAGAAACCUUUGAAAAAGGAUAGCGCUGGCAAGCGGUCGGAAGAAACACAGAGCAGCAGUAGUAACAAACGCAAGGAAUCACCAAAGGAGGAAAAAGAAACGAAAAGGAUUAAGACGGAACCAUCACCUAGCAAAUCGGCGAAGGAAUCGGUUAAGGUAAAGGUGGAAAAAUCACCAACAGCACGAUCACCGGGCAAAGCCGUCAAUUCGAAGGAACCGGUAAAGAUAAAAGAGGAAAAGAAAUCUCCACGAAAGCCAGCAGAUAUUCCGGUUGCACCGAGCUCAGUGAAAGCCGAGCUAACAGACUAUCAGAAGGAUAUUAAAAGCGUAGACAAUAUGGCUUGGGUGGACAAGUAUAAGCCUUCCAGCACGAAGCAAAUCAUUGGCCAGAUGGGUGCGAGCAGUAACGUCCAGAAGCUGACCGUGUGGCUAUCGAGCUGGUACAAGAACAACGACGGCACGAAGAAACACGCCAAACCGAAUCCAUGGGCAAAGAACGAUUCCGGCGCAGCGUUCAAAGCGGCAUUGCUGUCCGGGCCACCUGGCGUGGGCAAGACUACCACGGCCACGUUGGUGUGCAAAGAGCUCGGAUUCGAUACGGUAGAGUUCAAUGCAUCGGACACGCGCAGUAAGCGAUUGCUGAAGGAGGAAGUUUCGGAGCUGUUGAACAGUAAGUCGCUGGCAGGAUAUUUCGGUGGAAGGAGCGACAAGGUUUCCAUCAAGCACGUACUCCUAAUGGACGAGGUGGACGGUAUGGCAGGCAACGAGGAUCGUGGCGGAAUGCAGGAACUGAUCGCGUUGAUAAAGGAAAGCCACAUCCCGGUGAUUUGUAUGUGCAACGAUCGACAGCACCCGAAGAUACGCUCGCUUGUCAACUACUGUUUCGAUUUGCGCUUCAGUCGACCACGGGUGGAGCAAAUCAAGGCAGCCAUGAUGUCCGUUUGCUUCAAGGAGCAGCUAAAAUUAUCACCCGGCGUGCUGGAGGAGAUCAUCACCGGAACGGGUGGCGAUGUGCGGCAAACGUUGAACCAUCUGGCGCUGUACAGUGCGGGGAAAGCGAUGGCCGCUUCCCUGUCGGUGGAUGCUGCGAAAAAGCAAGCCGAUUCGGCCAAGAAAGACAUCAAGAUUGGUCCGUGGGAUGUGAUCCGGAAGGUGUUUUCCGCCGAGGAUCAUAAGCACAUGACGCUAAACGAUAAGGCGGAUUUGUUUUUCCACGAUUACAACAUUGCGCCACUGUUUGUGCAGGAGAACUACCUCAAGGUUCAACCGAAGGCACCCAGAACGGAAUGGCUCGACCGGAUUGCGAUGACGGCGGACAGCUUAAGCCGUGGCGAUAUGGUGGAACGCAGAAUAAGAUCAAACAUGGCGUGGACGCUGCUGCCGGUGCAAGCCAUGUACAGCUCGGUUAUGCCGGGCGAGUUCAUGGAGGGCCACUUUACUGGGCAAAUCAAUUUUCCCGGUUGGUUGGGCAAAAACUCCAAAGCGAUGAAACGCAAACGAUUGGCGCAGGAAAUACACGACCACACACGGCUAUCCACGUCCGGUUCACGGCAAGCUAUACGGCUGGAUUAUGCACCUCAUUUGCUGCGUUCCAUCGUACAACCGCUGCAGAUGCGCGGUGCCGAAGGAGUUCACGACUCGCUGGAAGUGAUCAAGGAGUAUCGGCUUCUGCGUGAAGACAUCGAUUCGCUGGUGGAGCUUAGCACGUGGCCAAAGCGCAAAAGUCCACUGGAUUCGGUUGAUGGGAAGGUAAAGGCAGCGUUAACACGAGCAUACAACAAGGCAAUUGCACCGUACUCUUAUUCGGCUGUGGCAACGGUGAAAAAGAAGGCACUGGAUACUGCCGGGCAGGAGGAAAUGGAGGGUGGAAUGUACGAAGGGGAAGCGGAACAGCAGGAUGGUGGUACGGUGAUGGAUUCCGAUGAGGAGGAAAACGAGGACAAGAUCGAUGAUAAUGCUUUCAUUAAGAUAAAGAAAAAGGCGGCUCCGGUGGCCGCCAGUAAGGCCAGCACUUCCAAAGCCACCGGUGCAAAGGGUAAGAAGAAAUAGCCUGCUGAGGAGGAUGCUGGUUGGAAAUGACAGGAAAGGCACGAUUAGUUCAGAAAUUAAAAGUUACAAAAGCUUGAAUUUUUUGAAUAAACUGAAAAACAAGAAAAUUUACUGUUUGUAA